AUGAGAAAAGGUCAAGUUCAACAAGUGCACCCCUCAAGGCCAAGCAAACGACAAAAGGCAAAAAGAGAAAGGAAGUUCCCCUCCUCGGUGCUCAGCCCAAACAAUCGAUCCCAGCACUCAAAGUGUUUAAUGUUCCCAAGGUAUACCAGGAACAUGGUGGUUUCGAUAUGGAAGAAGCUGCUAGCCUAGCGGCUGCCUGUAAAGUUUCCGUGGAGGAAUUGCUACUUGCAGCAGAUGCUGCACUACCCACUGCUGAUAUAGCUCCUAAAUUUGUCUACGGGGCCGACUUGGUCAGCAGAGAGCAGCUGCAUAAACUACCAACACAUAUGCGGAAUUUGCAUCAGUGGUACCUUGAUGCAUGCAAGGAGAAAAAAAUGUACAUCGUGGCGAGUAUACCAUGGGAAUAUUACUACCGAAAGGAGGAGAUCCAUAUUGAGAUGAAUGAACUCUGGCAGUUAUUCAAUCUAGAAGCCCUCGACAAAUCUCUCAUGAGUUGCUAUUGCUUACUGAAGAUCAGUGAGUGCAAAAGUAAUAAUAUUAUCAAUGUUGGGUUUGUUGACCCAGAUAAAAUACAUGUUGAAACGGUGAAGCAUAAACGCGAAGAAACGGGGGGAAACCUACUAAGGUUUUUGGGGCAGCAAUAUUUCUGUGAUUCAAUAUUGUUUCCUUACAACUACGACUUCCACUGGAUUCUACUAGACAUUCAACCUGAUAAGGGAAUAGUUGAAGUAAAAGACCCACUGAGUAGAGGCCUGGACGGGUUCCAGGACUUGCAGAAGUUGCUCCAAGUGGCUUGGCAAGCUUUGAAGAAUGUUCAUAAGGAGAUUACCUUUGCAAAGAAGCUAACAUUUAAUCCUGUACCGUGCCCCCAGCAGCCACAAGGGACGAAUCUAUGUGGAUACUACGUUUGCGAGUCCAUUCGCAUGUUAACCACUGAGAAGCAGAACAGAAAUAAAUUCGACGUCGACUUCAUGCGGGACAGACUCCAACCAAAGGAACACGCACUAGGAAUCGCGGAGGAACUGGCGGGACUUUUGGUUAGAGAAGUAAUAAACAACAAAGGCUUGUUUAGUCCAGAUAGUUGUUCUACCUCCAAAUAGACGGUCGUUAGUACCGUUUGUCGAUCGUGAGCUCCAUGUAUAUAUGUAGGGAACCUACGAAUAUGUGUAAGGGGAAUCGACUUCUGCUUCCAAUCUUUGUUUGAUCGAUCUAUAUAUAUAUAAUGAAUGAAUGUGUACAACUUCUA